AUGAAGUCUGCCACAGCCCGAUUCUUCGACCUGCCAGAGUUGAUCCCUCUAAUCGGCAUCUACCUGGAGCGACACGAUCUCUCGGCAUUCAUGAAAACCUCCCACCUGAUGCACUCCAUCCUACUCCCGCUCUUCCACCGAGUUGUCCCCCUACCCACCUUCAGGACUCCAGAGACCCUGCAAGCCCUAGCAAGGAACGCGAUGACCAUCUCCUAUCUUACGACGGGACUGACGGCCUGUGGCCGCUACAGCGACAUUGUCACUAAAGCCCUCCAGUCAAAGAACCCUUCCAUAAAGUUCAAAAAGCAGAUCCCUACCUAUAUCCCCUCGGAAGAGGCGCUGGAGGCACUUUGUCAAGGUGGUGAAUUCCCUGCCCAGCUCUACCAAGUCCUGCGCCUCAGUCCCCGCCUCACGCAACUGGACUUGGUGCAGAUUUGCAUCAACAACGACCUCACGCUGCACCUUCUGGCAAGAGUCAUCUUCGGACUCGACACUCUCGAGUCCUUAUUGAUUGCGACAUAUGCCAACGCCCGUCUCUUCUCACAGAUACCAUCGUACAUUUUCAACAGCUGUCCUCCGUCUCUCAAAUCCCUCGAGUUCAAGAUACUUUACAACCACAUCGCUUCACGGGCAACUACAUUCAGCACAACUACGACUCCGGAUAGCAAUAGUAUCAAGACACUAAAGUCGUCAUUGGCGAUACCAGGACCAGGACGACAAGUUCGAUCUCUCAGCAACUUGACGCAAUGGAGGUUCAUGCAUGACGACGUCGACGACCUGAGCGACACUAUUUGCUCAAUCUUAGAGAGCUGCCCCAACCUUCGAUCAAUGGACGUUCCGCCUCUCGGUGGACCCCAACAAAUCGAACGUCUCAAAAGGAUGGUUACCAAUUGCCUUCCACACCUCCAUAGUCUGACACAGCACGACCUUGAACACGGCCACAUGAAUGACUGCACAGCAAUAUCCAUAGUCGCCAACGCGAUGCGACCCGACACGCUCGAGUUGGUUUACAUUCUUCAGUACGCGGAAAAAUAUCCGACCCUUGAUCAGGAGCUGCGGAGGCACAAACGAUCGCUAAAGUGGGUCGAACUCGAUGACUGUACGCGGAUCGAAUCCAGCACGAUUACCUCGCUCCUGCUCCAGUAUCCGGCGUUGGAAGUACUCAAGGUGAACCCUUUUGAGAACACGAGGAGCGUGGAGGUUGAUAUCGAGCAAUUAGUGGAGAAGAAAUGGGUGGUGACCAGACUCCGGGAGCUUCAACUGAUCAUCAACACCGAGCCAGGAGAAAUAGACGAAGAGGAGGAAUACGAAAGUGACAGGAGAAAAAACUUGGAGAACCUUUGUCGGCAACUGGGAGCUAUAGAGUCAUUGGAGGUGUUGGAUCUGUGGGUUCCGUCUGAUGAGGAUGGUGCGUAUGAUGACUAUGAAAAUGACCUUGGCCCUCGCUUUUCGUUGUUGGGCAUGCUAUCGUUGGGCGACAGUGAGGUAGGUGGUGAACGAUGGGGUUGCCUUGGGUUGUUGGCUGGGCUCAAGAACUUGCUGGCCGUUCGAGGAUCGUUUCUCAUUCAAUAUACGCCGGCGUCCUAUAAUAUCACCCAAGAGGAUGCCGAGUUUAUAGUCAAGCAUUGGCCUCGACUCAAAGUCCUGGAACUCUACAGGGAGAGUGAGCGUUUUGUCGAUUUGUCCCCUCCUGUUGAAUAUCUUUUGAAGGAAUUGCCUGGCCUUUGCAUCCAUGCUACAGAAAGAUGCUGA